UCAACACAAUCUUCACAGCUUGCAUCACGAAAUCUUGUUUCUCUUUUAUUUUGUUAUAGAUACCUCGCGAAGAAUAAUUAUAAGAUGGCGAGUAGCGUGGAGGUCCCGAAGUUGAAACUGAAUGACGGCAGGGAAAUGCCCGCCAUUGCUUUGGGAACAUAUUUAGGAUUUGAUGCGAAUGGUGUAGUUGAACCGACCAAAGACCUGCGCGAUACUCUGUCGCGCUCUAUCGACAUCGGUUGGCGUCACUUCGACACCGCCUCCGUUUAUAAGACAGAGAAGACUAUAGGGGAAGCUAUCAGUAUGAAAAUACAGGACGGAACUGUACAGAGGAGUGACGUGUUCGUUACUACUAAGCUCUGGAACACUCACCACAAACGGGAGAAGGUGAUGACAGCCAUCAGGGAGUCUUUGGAAGCACUUGGACUAAACUACAUUGACUUAUACUUGAUGCAUUGGCCCAUCGGUUUGAACAAAGACUACACGCAUUCAGAUGUAGAUUUCAUGGAGACGUGGCGCGGUAUGGAGGACGCCCAGAACCUGGGUCUGGUCAAGUCCAUAGGAGUGUCCAACUUCAACAAGGAGCAGCUACAGAGGAUCAUCAGGGAAGGAACCGUGAAGCCGGCUGCUUUGCAGAUUGAGGUCCAUCCACAGAUCAUACAGGCUGACCUGGUUGACUUCGCAAGAUCCGAGGGCAUCGUUGUAAUGGGAUACAGUCCUUUCGGGUCCCUGGUGAUGAGAUAUGGCCAGCAGUUCCCCGGCCCCAAAAUGGAUGACCCCGACCUCACCAAGAUGGCCCAGAAGUAUGGAAAGACUACGCCUCAAAUUGUGCUCAGGUGGUUGGUGGAUAGAAACAUUGUGCCAGUCCCCAAGACAACCAAAGUGAACCGCUUGGAAGAAAACAUCAACAUCUUCGAUUUUAAAUUGGAAAAAGAAGAAAUUGAUAAGAUCAACUCUUUUGACAGCCACACAAGAUACACUUUUCCAUCAUUCUGGCAGAACCAUCCUCAUUACCCCUUCGAGCAGGUCGAUAAUCCAAUUGCUGAUCCCUUCAAAAAACCUGUUGAAAUACUAUAAAAUAUCCAUGUAAGAUUUUGGUACCUACUUCAUCAUUGGCCCCGAUUCCUGCAGACAUCUCUUAAUUUUACUUUAAGUUAUACCUGUCAUUUUCUUAUCCGCCGAAAAGGAAAGGGACGGAUGAUUGACAGCUCUUAAUUUUAGGAAGAAUGAGUAAAUAAAUGAAUAACCCGGGCGAAUUUUUAGACGGUUGUUUUAGAUUUGUGCUUAAAAUUGACGUGUGUUCCAUAAAUUUUAUGCUUGUCGAUUACCCGUCCCUUUCCUUUUCGGCGGAUAAGAAAAUGACAGAUAUAACCUAAAAUAAAAUUAGAUGGUAUUUACAGGAAUUAGCACCAAUAUCCUGACAAAAUAAAGUUGACAGCACAUGUCAAAUGGAUUGCACACCAGCGAGAUACCUAUUUGAUUCGCUCGGAUGAUUCAUUAAUUCACUAAUUCACUUUAAAAUUAAUAGCUGCCGAUUAUGCGUCUCUUUCCUUUUCGGCGGAUAAGAAAAUGUG